AUGAGCUUUUUUUCCAAAUUAUUAAUCACAUUAUUAGAAUGUUCAGUUUUGAGUAUUCUUUCUUAUGCUGCUGCUGAAUCAGGUCGAAAUGUGCUUGAGCCGAUGUUCUCCAAAGUCGAGACUCCGUUGAAACGGUCCAACCAAGUCAAAGCCGUAAUUGACUUCUUCGUGGUCACCGAUCAUACGAUAUACAGAAACUGGAUGAACUUUCAUAGGAACGACGAGGCCAAAGCUAUUGAAAGCAUCAAGCACUUCUACGCACACGUAGUCAAUGAAAUGAACAAUCGCUACAUGAAAGCUCAUAUUCCUGGAUUUUCCGUUCGAGUUGUCUUAACUGGCAUGUACAUAUCAAAGAUUGUUUUUUUUAAUCUUUAA